AUGGGCUCCGGCCGAACCAGAGCGCAGGCACAAGGCGGCAUUGGAGGCGAAGUCGACGACCCAGACAAUAGCUAUGGGACCGGCAGCAGACGCGGCGACGACUUCGGUGGCAGCACCAGACGCGGCGACGACUUUGGUGGCAGCACCAGACGCGAUGAUGACUUCGGCGGCAAUACUCGACGUGACGAUGGCGGCGAAGGAAAGAAGGACUCGACGGUGGGCAAACUCAUGGAGAAGGCGGGUGGUAUGCUCAAGAAUGAGAACUUGCAGCAGAAGGGCGCUGAGAAGAGAGGCAGCGCAGGAAACGAUUACUAG